AUGGCCGACGCGGUGAAGAAGGAGGCGGAGGACAGCGCGCUGUCGGCGCCAGUGACGUUCGAGGUGCAGGCGGAAGGCGACACUCGGCAUUGGCGCGCCCAUAACAUUCGGCAGGAGUGGAUCGAGACAGGGGAUACAGCCCAACUCAGCGCGAGGCUAUGGGUGUACGACAUCGUCGGUUUUAAGGAGGCGAAGGAGAAGGAUAUUGGUAAGACGCUGGGUAGCAAGGAGCUCAGCCAGCUCUACGAGAAGCACAUGAAGUACGCGAAGUCUACAGUCCACGUGAAACCGACCUUCGUGGAUAACGCGAUCACCGUCCACAAGCGGCUGUUGUCCCUGGAAGACUCCAACAAGUGCCUUGUCUGGGCGGACGAGAACUUGAUGACCGAUUCCCCGUGGGCGAGCCUCUACGCGACGCAGGCUGUGGUCGAGCGCGCGUCGACUCCCAACAAGAUCGAUUGGGCGAUGAUGGGCCUCACGGACCAUUACCGCAUGGAGUUCAUUGACUUAGGCAAGUUCGGCGUCAACAAGCUCAGGGACUACAGGGAGAGCUACGUCGAGGUCUUGAACUCGAAGCUCGACGCGAAGAACGAGAUGCUGUUCAAAUGGCUUCCGCGCGUUGGCAUCCCACGCGAUCGCGUCACAAACAUGCAGCAGAAGAUGGGUACCUUCGCCGCGGCGCGGGCGUGCGUCACUGGCUACCUGGGGGAUGCAGUCGAUACCACGUGGCAAGCUCUGAUGAAGCAGUCGGCUGUUUCGGCUGUCACGCUCAUCGAGGAGUUGGUGUACACCAUCGAGUUCGACAGGCGCUACAACAAUGCCAUCCAGUCGAAGCUCGACGUGGCGGACUUUCUCGCCUACGAGUCGGUCGCCAUGCGCAUGAACGAAGUCAUCGAGAUGGCGAAGAGGGAGAACGGGACUUAUGGCGCCGAGGCGGCUGGAGCGGCCGGAGCGGCCGCCUCCUCUGCCGGGGCUGCCGCCGCAGACCCGGGCAGCAACAGCAUGACCUCAGCGGGCGACACGCCCAAGGAGUUGAAGAAGUUCGCCCAGUUGCAAGAGACGGACAAGCAGAAUUGGAACAGGGUAAUUGACAAGGUCGCUCGGACUUACAUUCAGAUCGUGCCCGACCAGAAAACGCAGGCUGAGCUGGAGAACGUGCUCCGGGACUCCGCGCUCGCCACCAUCAAGGGUGACCCCACGGGGCUGGUGCUGUACCACUUCGACGCGAAGCAGUUCGGCGAGCCGCAAACCAGGCCUGAGCUGCGCAUUGCGCCCCUCAGGGAGAAGCCGCACGAGCGUCUCGCGCGUUCGAUGUUGAACGCAAGGGCGCCCCAGGGGCAGCCGAGCCAUCUCCGCAAUGGGGGGGUCGCAGUGAUUCUGGACGGCGGGCGGAGGGGCAAUGCGUCCAAGCUGCUCGCGCCGUGGAAGGAGAACACCGUCGAGAAGAAGGAGGCUAAGGGGCGCGGCCGCGGCGGCGAUGAGGUGAUUGAGGCCGACGACGACGAUCAGGACGGCGACGACGACAGCGACAACGAGCCGGACAGCCUGAAAGCGCGCCGCAACAGGGUGCACGGAGGCACAGGGAGCCUGCACCAGAUAGAGUGGGCGCACAUGGUGGCACACGCGCGCAUUUCGAUCCCUGAGCGGCGCCGCAAGUACUUCGAGGGCAGCGCGGCAGGGGAUCUGAUUACUGGCAUCGAGGUCCCAGAGCUUGGCAAAGAAUGGCACGCGCUGUGGAAGGACAAGAAACUUAUGUACGGAAGGAAAAAUCUGAUUGCCGUGGGUGGCAAAACAGAAGGCAUUGAGCCGCUCCAGGAGCGGAAGACCGACGAGACCAUGAUCCCCGUGAAUUUCCACGGCAUGCCGGUGGUCUACUACAAAGAGCUGAUCCACAUGUUCUAUGUUAAAUGCGUGCUGGAUCUGACCCCGACCGAUGCGAAAUUCGCGUGGGCUUGUCUCCAGGAGAGGAUCGCAUACGUCGGGGUGGCAUUCACGAAGGAGCACAUGGAGAAGAUCUUCUCCUACCUGACGGACCUCGUGAAGCAGGCGAUGGCGGAUGCCGGGUCCAAGCUGUUCAACAAGGACUACGCGACAUCUCUCGGCAUGGAGCUCGCUGCCGUCGGCGAAACGCCCGACAGGGAGCUCCUACCGCAGCUCGCUGUCGGCAGUGAGCUGCGGUGGUGCGCCAGAGGACUCCUACCGCAGCUCGCUGUCGGCAGUGAGCUGCGCCGGCGGUGCCACCGCAGCUCGCUGCCGUCGGCGAAACGCCCGACAGGGAGCUCCUACCGCAGCUCGCUGUCGGCAGUGAGCUGCGGUGGUCUGGCAGACCUCUCCUACCGCAGCUCGCUGACGGCAGGGAGCUGCGGUGUUGCGGCAGACCUCUCCUCCCGCAGCUCGCUGUCGGCAGUGAGCCGCGGCGGCGGUGCCGACCCCUAA